AUGCCUACUUUACAACCAUCAUCUAGUGUUUGUUAUAAAUUGAAAUUACCCGAUUUGCCGCCAGAACUAAGGAAUAAAGAUCUAGAUGAAACUGUGAAGAGAAGAUAUUCUUUAGAUUGUAGGACAGGUGCAGCUACUGAAAUUUGUCGAUCAAGUAUAUUGGUACAUGGUGGUCUUACUAUCCCAUUGAAUAUUUCACAUAUUACUACAUCGGAAAUUCAAAAUAAAUUGAUAUUAUAUUUUGCCAAGAGAAAACAUACUGGAGCUAAUUUUAAGAAUUUACAGGAAUGGAUAAGUAGUGAGUUGUUCUCAUUAGAUCUAAUAACAAGAGAAUGGUCAAGAAUACCGACAACCAAUAAGAAUAAUGACGAAAUCAUAAAGGAAAGAUUGUUACAUUCAAUGUGUUAUUAUAAUAACAACUUAUACAUGUUUGGUGGGCUUAUUGUCUCACCACAAAAUGAUUAUGAGUUGAUUGCCACUAAUGAAUUAUGGAGAUUGGAUUUACAAACGAUGAAAUGGUCUUUAAUUGGUAAAGAUCCUCAGAUAACAAGAAGAUUUAAUCAUACAAUACUUGUAAAGAAUAGUAAUGAUGAAAUGAAAGAAACGAAAUUGAUUAUCGUGGGUGGAUUAAAUAAUAUGGAUCAAUCGAUACCAUAUGUCGAUGUUUUUAAUAUUACUACUAAUGAAUGGGAAUCUGUAAGAUCGUCCAAUAGAAUAAUAACAAACAUUGAAGGCAACAUGGUGUCUCUAUGUAAGAAUAAAAAUUGCCCCGUACUAUUACAGGACAAUGAAGCAGAAAUCCCAACUUUAGCUUAUUAUAUGCCAUUAUCUCAACAGAAACGACAAUUAAAUCCACCAGAAGAGGCUCCAUCCGAUGAAAAUUCCCCAAUGACAUCUGAUUCAGAUAGUCAAGAAGAUGAAAAAGAAAUACUGAAAGAUGCUACAUUGACUUCAGAAGAGGAUUCAAGAAAAUGUGCUCCCAUUAUAGCAUUACCAUUGCUUUCGAACGCACAAGGUGUUCCAUUGAUUGCAAAUCAAGAUGGAGUAUUUGAAGAUAUCCAAAAUACAUUUCAUUAUGAAUCGGCGUCAUAUUUCAACGAUAAUUUUAUUCUUGUAGGCACAACUUCAAUUGGCCCACAAGCGAAACUAUACUGUUUCUUUUAUAAUUUGCAUUUCUCAAAAUGGACAAUGAUUAAUAUCGAUUGUCCAGAUUGCGAUAUAACCCACCAUAGAUUUUGGAAAGUAUUUACUUGGGAGUCACACUAUCAAGCACUCUUGUUAGGUACACUGCACGAUGACUUUCACACUUCUUCAGUUCAAAAAUUUGAUCAUCUACUUGCAUUUGGUUUAUCAAUGACAAACGUCUUAAAUAGGGCUGCAAUAUUACCGGAUUAUAAACAAUCGAGAAAUCAAUCUCUCUCGACGACCCCAGCAACGCCUUCAAAUCUAGAUAAUAAUCCAUUCAAAAAUCCAAUACGACCAACGACAACAACUUCGCAUUUCGAGAGUUAUAUAAAAUAUAUCACAACUCCAUUAGACAUAGAGGCUACAACAUCUGUGUUUCCACCAUAUGCUAUGGUUUUAGGUAAAGAUGGUUUUGAUAUCUACGGGGAUUCAUUUGCAGACUUUGAGUUUAUUACCAAUGAGGGUGAAUCUGUGGGUGUUCCAUCAUAUUUACUGAGAAAGAGGUGGGGUAGAUAUUUUGACUGUUUAUUAUCUAAGAGUUAUUCAAAGACUUAUGCCAAUUAUGAGACAGCUGGAAGCCAUUCUGCUUUGGUCAAACCUGUAACUGACACGAUCAGUGAUAUACCAGAGACUUCCAUAUUGAAACUACAUCCUACAAAUAACGUCAUUUCACAGACAUCUUUAGAUUCAUAUUUCAAAGAGAAAGAAAACAAUUUGGAUCCUAAAUCUAUGUCAAAUUAUAAUAAAGAACAAUCUGUUAACUUACCCCCAACAUCGAAAAGUAAUAUGAAUUAUAAACUUUCUCCGACAAGCUCAAUGUAUAAUGUCAGUGUUCACGAAAAUUCUCCUGAUGUUAUCAAUGUGAUCCCUACACACUUAUCUAAUAAUAGGUACGAAGACUUUAAAAAUUCCAAUAUGCAGGCACCAACAACAAGUUCUUCAAGUGGGAUGGUGUUCAGAGUUCCCUUCCACGACAAAAAAUUCCAAACCACAGAUUUUCAAGAUCCACGUACUUCAUAUAGUCAAAAUAGUACGAAUGACCGUAGGAGAUCUUCAUUAGCUGUUCAAUUUGAAGGAGGUGUAGAUCCAAAUGGUUCAAAGAGCCCAGGACAAUACCCUCGUCGUGCAUCACACCCUACGCAAUGGAAUCCCUCAUUUUUGGAUUCUAAUAGUGCGUCACCCAAACCUAGCGGAUUGUCAGUAAGCUUCAAUCCUUCUUCAAUUACUAAUAGUAACAACAUAGCCAAUAGAAGGCCGUCUUGGAGAAUGAUGUCAAGCGCGGCAAAUUCUAGAAAGGCAUCUGUGACCUCUCAGAGCAGUGUUAUGUCCUUUGUAAGUUCUAAAUCUGAUAGAAUGGGGAACUCUGUCAUAGCAAGAAGAAGCACGAGUGCUUCAAGUAGUAAUGGUAGUAGUAGAUCUGCUUCUCCCAACCCUGUUUUAUUGAACGUUUCAUUGCCACCAUUAAGUAAUAUUCCAGAUGAUCCAAUUCCGUCCACACCUGCUAAUAUACCUAUCCCUCAAAAUAAUCAUCGCCCAAAGUCAACAACUUCGAGGGCAGGGUCAUUCGCUGAAGUAUUUGGUUCGAGUAGGGACAGUCCAUUCUCGUCAAGACGAUCAUCUAGAGUAAGGCAUGGUUCAAAUGUAGCAGAUUCAAAUAGCUCAAUGCAUUCACCUAGGUAUUCAAUUGAUGAUGCUAAAGGUUUUAUAUCACCUACAAGAACCAGACGUAUGUCGUCGUGUACUUCUAAUGGGGAUAGUCUGGAGAGUCUUGGUGCUGCUGAAGGAGGUAACAAAUUAGAACCUUUAUUAACACCGAGAUCCUUGUAUCUUCCUUGGCCCACUGCCACGGUUCAAGCUUUUGUUGAAUUUUUCUAUACCGGUCAAAUCAAUAAGAAAUGGCUAUUAGUUCCCGUAGUGAUGGAUCUAUUAGUGAUGGCCAAAAUUUACGAAAUCCCAUUACUGUAUGAAAUGAUUUGCGAGGUCAUUUAUGCUAUUAUUGGUAAGAAAGAAGAAAAUCUACAUUAUAAUUGCAAUAGUAUAGAUCGUGGGUUUAAUCAACUAGUGACAAACUAUUUUCAAGAUGAUGAAUCAAAGAUUUCCAAAUUCUUAGAGAAUAAUGAAGCUUAUCAUCAAUUACAACAUCUGAAAAAAUCAUUAAAUGACAUUGAUAAUGGAUACCUCGUUAUGAAAUUAUUAAGUGAUCUAUCAAGAAAUCUUUCUACUAGCACUAAUGAGGAUAGUGAUAAUAAUGAUACUAUCCUAAGCCAAGAUGAUUUGAAAUCAAUUCAACGAUCAUUAUCAAAUGUUUCUCUAACUAGAGAUAUCCACAUGGCCAACGAAAGCCAUCCAAUGGUGAAACUUCAUCAAAACUCUAACAUUUCGACAGGCCUUUCGUCACUUAUUAAUAAUGAUAAUGACAUAGAUGUAUCGGCAUCGUUGUUAAAGAAACUUCUUAAUCAAUCCGAUAGUAAAUAUCAUAAUGAUACUGUCAGGCGUGGCAUGGAUUUGGUCGCCAAGGAUAGAGAAAGACGUCAUUCUUCUAAUAGUUCCUUAUUCAAACGUGUCAAUGACGAGGAACUAGAACAAGCCAGAUUACAAGGUUUGUCUGAAGUUGAUUAUGAUUUUAGUAGAGAUGGACAUAUGAAUUCCAAAAGUCUUAAGAAAUUAUAUUCGAUGUAUGAUAAUGAUAAUGGUUCCGAGACGAAAUUAUCUAAGGGUAACAAUAAAACAAACACAAGUGAAGCUAAUGAUGAUGAAAUUGAAAAAAAUUCGUCCCAAUCAGAUUCAGAUGAGCUAGAUUCUCAAUUCGAUGGUCUAUCCAAGAUUAAGAUGAAAAGACAACAGUUAGAAGAUUUUGAAUUAGAUGAAUCUAUUGAUCCAUUAUAUCGAUUCAGUGAAAGUGAGGCUGAAACAUUUGGAGCCUCUAUGUCACGUUCAGAUUCGCUAAGGGCAUCAGGCUAUGGUAAUGCAACAAGAGGAAGCAAGACAAGUAAAUCAACUCUUUACAAAGAUUCGUUCCUAAAGAAUAAUAUAGUUAACAAUCCUAGUACUGGUACACUUAAAAAUGAUAGUGGAUCCUUUCUGCAGAAUAAAAAACCAAGUGAUGCUGAAAGUGGAUCUAAUUUAUUAAAUCUAUAUCAAAAUGGUCAUUAUAGAGAACCUGGUGUGAACUUCACUGAACCAACUUUAGAGAAUAUCAUAUCAGCCGAUGCUUUACCACCUGUUGAUUAUAUUAUGAAAUCAAUUUAUAGAACGACGGUAUUAGUGAAUGAUUCACGGAUAAUGAUACGAUGUAUGGAAUGUAUUGAAUUAUCGAAAUUAUUAAAAUUAGUUAAAAAGAAAAUGUCACAUGAAGUUCAAUUACUUGAAGAUAAGACCAAGAAAAAUGAAAAAUCAAGAAUAUCAAGUAUAUUAGUUACGCCACAAAGUGGUCAUAGGUCAUCCAUCAAUGCGGUGCCAAGCAGAAAAGAAGGAUCUAUCACUACACAAGCUUUACCAAAAGUUCGUACUAUGUCAUCUAUACCUAAUUUCAAAUUGAAACAAAUCUCUAAUAACAAUGUUCCAAUUGACCCAUUACGUCGUAAAUCAUCUAAGUUAAAUUCAAUCUCGCCACGUACAUCGCUAUCUGUUGUCACAUCCAACAACGCUAAAACCGGUCACAACCCUGUGACCAGUAAUUCAAUGGUAAAUUUAAGUCAUGAUAUGAGUAGCAACAGUAAACUGUCAAUGUAUCCACCAUUCAUAACCUCGACGAUAUCUAAUGUAGCGUCGCCCAAGACUAAGAAGGAUCUUAAAAAUCCGUUACUUGGUUUAAGCAAUAACAAUGCUAAUAGCAAUAACAAUAGCAAUAGUGGCUUCUCAUUUUUUGGUAAGAAGAGUAAAGAUAAAUAA